AAAUCCUAUUAAUUUUUCCAUUAAUAUUUCAAUGAGAAUGUGAACCACAUUGUUGUAUAUUGUAGGGGGUGAGAAGACGCAGACAUGGCGAGCCGUGGGCUUUUAACCCAUCUGAAGAACAGUGUGGAAAGAAUGGAGCAAGCUCUCACAAGCAAGCCUGUCGUACGUGACUUGGGUGCAGAUUGGACAGCGGAAAAGCAGCUUGAUCUCAGAAAGCACAUCCUGCCCCAUGCCGCUCGGAUCCCCACUCACAUGGAAACACUGGAAAGGUGCACGGCGAAACUGAAGCCUGAAGUAACUGGCAUUAGUCUCAUGAUUGGCAAUGGCGUCACCAGCAGCUCUGCAAGGUAUUUUUUCUAUGAGCAUUUUUGCGGUCUGCGUUAUCGCAAUCCGACACUCAAGUACGAUAUAGAUAUGGAUUCUUCUAAGUCUCAAGUCCGCUUGCAUCUGGAUCCAGCUCUAUCCCCCACACGUGAACACAUUGACAUUGCCACGAAUGGCAAGGUGCCGCAUCAGAUAAUGGACGAGCUCUGUGCAGCGUAUGCCGAAUAUGGGGAUGCUAGCACAUGCACUACCCAGUUCAACUGGAAAACCGACCCGGAGAGCAUGCAGUCGCCAAUAGAGGCCACCGAGCAGCGCCUGCACAAGACCAAACUCCAGGUGGACGAACUGGAGGCUCAAGCCGUGCGCCACGACGUGUCCACUCCGAUCGAGAUCAGCGAUUUGCCACUCGAGCAAGGUGAACAGCUCAAUCUUGAUCUCAUCUUUAAGCCGAUCGAUUUGCUGGACACGGAGAACCGUGCACCGCCAACCAAUCCUCGUGAAGAGCUACGCGAGCGCCGGCGAGUGGAGAAGCUUGAGCGCAAGAACAAGAAGCUACUGAUGAUCUUGAGGUCCAAAGCAGAAGAGGAGGCGCGCGAAACCGCAGAAAGUUAGAAUAGCCCUAGGGCCCAUUUGAAAUUUCUCACUUUUACUUGACGCAUGUUGGCUAACAUGGAUUUUAUGAUCAUUCCUGGAUGGUUUUUGCCUCCUGAACACGAUGGCAUAGGUUUUGAUUGCCGAAUUGUGUCCGAACAUCUUGAAAAACAUCAAAAUAGAAAAGACCGUUAUUACCAUGGCAACCUACUUGUAACUAGAAUUGCUCCUAUAUCCAUUUCUACUGACACGUAUAUGGCCAAGUAGCACCUCAUUUUGCUCAGAAUAAGCAGUAGAUACAGUACGGCAACAAGUACUGUGCUUUUGUAGUGUAAAACAAAUUCCAAAGUGCAGUGAAACUAGGCUAUUGUACAUGUACAUUGUACAUGACAUUA